AUGGGUCAAUCCACUUCUAUAUCUGGUUCUAUUACUGAAAAUAGUAGCCAGAAUGCUUCUACUACCCCUACAACUUCAUCGGGGAUAGGAUAUAAGCUUGAACUGUUCACUAAAUCAGAAUUGAUUGAAUUAUUCUAUAAGACAAGUGUAUUCUCUCUCGGUCCUAUCGAAAUGAAAUCCUUACUUACAAGACUCAAUUGUACAUCCCUUGAAAACCAGCCAAUUACUGUUUCUGAUAUGGCAGGUCUAUUUGAACUUCCAAACCUUGAUUCAAGUACUUCCCAAUAUGGUGAAUCAUUGAAAUUGCUAUUCAAAUCAUUUAGAAUAUUUGGUAAAUUCCCCUUUAUUCAAGAUUCCAUAAGUAUUACUGAACAACCACUAACCACUAAUGGAUUAAUAAACUCUAUCUACUUCCAUUCUGGGAGAUAUUCUAGCACAAUACCGAAUUAUGACUAUUUAAAAUUGAUAUUCAUAUCGUUAGUAAUAGCAAGCAAAGAAGAUAAUGUCGAAUCAACAGAAAAAAAUCCUUCACAAAAACCAUUUGUUUCAGAAACUCUUCUAGAUGAUGAGGAACAAUAUGUUGUAGAAGUAGGUAAGGAAUCACCUAAUCUAGUCAAUUGGCAAUCUUUUAAUUGUAUUAAAAGGUUUGAUGAUUUGGACGUUCAAAGUUUGAAACUUCCUUCGGAAACACUUGUCACAAUUAUUACAUUAUUUUUAAUUCUACUGGUCAUUGAUCGAAAGAAUUAUACUGAAUCAAUAUGUUUGGAGCUUCCGAAUUGGUCACAAUAUGAAGUAUAUGCUAAAUCACUUGUUAAAUUUAUUGAUUUAAAUUUAUCAAGUCUGAUAUCUUUUGAUCAAUUUAAAUUAGGAAUAAUGAAUGGAUUCCCUAAUUUUUUAGAAAAUGGAUUUAAAAUGUUAUUUACCAGACUUUUAAUAGGUGGAGAAGUUACAAGUAAAACACCCAAAGCGACAUCUCAACAAGAAGAAGAGGAAAGAGGAGAAGUGGAUCAAAAGAAGAAUAUUAAUAAUAAACAUUUAAAGAAAUUUCCAAAAUUUAUUGAAUCGAGACUUAUUAAUAAGAGUUCACUUUCAUUAUUUAAUGCAAUUUUCGAAAUUAGUGGGAUUCAAAUAACUAAACAAAAUCUUAUAAAAUUAUAUUCUGGAUCAGAAGCAGGAUUUUCAAUUAGAUCACUUGAACUGAAAAUAUUUAAAUGGCAGGCUCCAACUAUAUUUUUAGUAUCGGGUAAACGACUUAAAAAUAAAACUCUUACAUCGAACAAGAGAUAUCAACAAUUUUCAGAAGAAUAUCCAAGAUUUUUUAGAAAUUUAAAAGAUUCUAAAAGGGAUUGGCAAUUAGAUAAUGAUCAGAUUACAUAUGCAGUAAUCAUUAAUCAACCAUGGAAAAGUUCAAAUAAGAAUAAUUUUGGAGAUGAAAAAUGUACAAUUGUAUCCAUAUCUCCAAGAUAUGACAUUUAUACUAGUGUUCCUAGUUCCAUUCAUAUGGGACGACUGAUUUAUUUUAAUAAUUUGGGACUUGGACUUGGAUUUGGGAAUGAUCAACCAAUUAAUAAAAACGGAAUUAAAAAGUACUUACCAGGAGAUACAUCCCUUACAAUUGAAGCAAACCUUGAAUUUGCGACAUUUAGACAUAUUCUGACACCUACAUCAAAUACAACUAGAUAUUUCCAAAAAUCUAAACAGGCUCAAAUUCAUCAUGAAGAUUUUGAAGAUCGAUUUAUGAUUACUGAUCUUGAAGUUUGGGGUAUUGGUUCUACCAAGGAACUUGAAGAACAACAAAAACAAUGGGAUUGGGAAAACAAACAAGCAGAAGCUAGGCAGAGUGUUAAUUUGAAAAAUAUGGGAGAGGAAAGGGCAUUUCUUGAAAUGGUUGGACUUGUUGGGAAUCAUGGUGGAAGUGGAGGGUCUGUGUAA